UAGGAGGGCAAAUGUGCAAGCCAUGUAAGGGAGUGUGUUCAGAUUUCAAGAAUCGCUGCACUCUGGGUGAGACAAUGACCCGUGAAACUGUCGCUAUCCGGAUUUAGCUCUAAUAAGGAGUUCAUGAACAAACCCUGCUAUAUUUACAGUUCACUUUCUCUCGUUUAUCUGGACUUUUAGGUGUGAAAUUCUUCUUGAUCUGGAAGCAAUUCAAAGCAAAUAUUUGAUCUGAUAGAGAGUCAGCACUUUAAGAAAGGCGCUUUACCUAACAAGAGUUUGUCAAUCGAAUAACCUUGCACAGAGACCAUUGUUUGGGUAUGCAGACAUACUGGUAAUUGACAGCUCUGAAUAGGUGUGGGCUUUCCUUGUGUACUUAACAGAAAUGGGAGUUAAAGGUGUAACCAUAGAGAGUAUGAGAGGGAGGGGUGAAGUGGAGGUACAGCCAGAGGGAGAGUCAUAGAGGGUGGAACUGACAGAGGGGGGCGAGGCUGUCAGGAAAAGGGAAAUGAAGGAGUAAGCAAGAUUGUGCCUGCAAACACAGACUCACUCUCACAGAGUGCAGCUAACAUUAUCAGCGGACAGACAUGGUUGCAGAGAAACUGGAGGAGGAAACAAGGAGCGAGUGAGGAAAACAACAAGCCAUCAGCAGCCAACCUUGGCCACAUUAUCUUUCUCAUCUAUAUACGGAAAUCACUGGGUAAUUUAUAAGCCUCUCCCUCUCACUCUGUAAGUGUGUGUGUGUGUGUAUGAGAGAGGAGGGGGGAUCUGCUAAGCUCACCACCAUCAUGCUGUGUCCUGCUGCUGUCAGUGCAGCUGCUGCGGCUGUCUGCCUGCUGGCAGUGUUGGGCCUAGGCCUGUCUCUCCCAGCUGAGGACAACUCGGAGGCAGACUUCACCCUCUGCAGCAACUGCUUCUACAGACAGACGCCUCCUCAGGGAUCCUCUGCAGGGCCGCUGCUGCGCCCACGCUGCCACAGGCUGCCGGGAGGGCAGGCGUUUGCCACUCUGUCCAGACCGACCUGUGACACAGCUGUCUACUCUGCCUUCCAUCUCGGCCAGGGAUGGACUGAGAGGGAGGGAGAGGAGGGGAGAGAACCUGUGACGGAGCAGGAAGAAGACAUUAAAGUGGCAGCACCAGCUCUUCUCAGAGGAGGUGCGGAUCCAUCUCAUUCUGUUUCGCCCACAGACUCCCCUUUUCACCACUGGGAUUCAACAGUCACAACACUGGUCCAGUCAAGCGUGUCUCCCCAGUGCAGCACUGUAGGGGGUGAUCUCUACAUCCUGACUGGAGUGGGAGGACUCGGGGCUGCUGAAGAUGGAGACGAGGAGUGUCAGACGAAGCUGCUGUGGUCUGCGGCGUGCUGUGCUGUCCCGCAGGGGAAGGGUGGCUUCAGCGUUGGGUUAAUCAGAGAGACGGAGGAAGGGGUGAGGCAAGUGAGCGUGAAGGAGCUGGAAGACAUGCUAGGAUUGGCAGAAAUGUUCUCUGAAGGCUGCGGAGGAGGAGAUGGGAAAAGUGUUGAAGUCAGAGUUGGUCUCCACAGUGAGGGACUUCCUGGAAAUACAGAAGCAGUCGCUGCUGUUGAGGAGACAACAGACACAGAAAGCCGAGAGGCGUCGAUAACUAAAGAACAGGCAGCUAAUUCUCAGUCAGGGAAAGCUGACGGUGCUGACGCCACGCAGGAGACUUCAGCAGAUGCAGCAACUUCUGAGAGCGGCGGUGAUGAACAGGGUGAUGUGACACGCUCAGGAGCUGUCAGGUCAGACUCAGACUCCUCAGCUGAACAUGAAACUGCUGAAGAGACGGACACAAACUCCACCAGCACUCUGGUCUCCAUCCUCUCCAUCACCUUCUCCAUCUUCAAAUUUCCUUUGCGUCCUGUAUUCUCUACAAUCACACAACUACCUGAACAGGUCACCUAUGUUCUCCAGGAAGACCUCGGAGUUCUCUCUACCCUGCCUGGAGAGACCUUCACCCUGCUCCAUCUACUGACCUCUGACCUCCUCUCCUGGAUGGGCACAGCAGGAGAAAUGCUGCUAGGUAUUGGGGAGACCUGCUUCUGUAGUGUUUAUUACUGCACCUCCUCUAUGAUGGGGGAACUGCUGAGCAGCUGCCACAUUGGGGUCACUGGUCUGGGCACCCUGGCUGGAGACACGGUGGGGGUAUUUGGUGAUGCUUUGGAUAAUGCUUGGUUGGUGACCAAGUUCUUUGGAGGGCGGCUGUGGGAGCAGAGUGAGGGUUAUAUGGGAACAGUGAUGUCAGAGAUGGGAGGUCAAGCACAAGCUGUAGGAGGUGGUUUUGGGAGACUUGUAUGGAGAAGUGGGAAGGGAGUGAUCAAUGUGUUCAGGCUGGGUGGAGGGGUUAUAUUUGGAAUGGUUGAUGUUGUCUUUGGGGGUGUAAGAGAGGCCUUUGGGCAGGAGUCGAAUGAAGAAUGAAAGAAAAAAAAGACUCAAGAUAACACCUUUAAUAAACUUUUUUUUUCCUGAAGUUUCAGUUUUGGUUUGUAAAUUUCUUCCAGAUAUGAAAGUGUGAAAAACUAAUUAAAGAUGUCAUUUGAUAUGCCUUAGUUGUUACAGAUGGUUUGCUGGAUUUAUUUUUGAAGUAAAAUAGUGAUGGAGUAAAUUUCACUGCAUUUCUUACACUGUAGGUCUUACAAUUCACUGUGGAAAACUGGCUGCCCAAAUAGUCUGCUGUACUUGAGAGCUUAACCAACUGUGAUUUGAAUAACACUGUGCACACUCUGCUAUUGGAUGUAAUUACUCAUGACAACAUGUGUGAUAACUGUCACAUCUGUCAAUCUGAAUAAAAGAGUAUGCUGGGUUACCAACAUGACAUGCACCAUU